AUGUCAUCCGCAACUUCCCCCGCUGGCAAGCGCAAGCGCAGCGCCUCGCACCUCCCUGUCCCCCAAGUCACAACUGAACUCCAACCUUCUUCGCGCGACGCGUCCGGCGAAGAAGGCGGCGAGGACUCGACCGGUCCAACCAAUGCGCCACUUCCCAAAUCCAAGACACAGAGCGAAUCCACUACUCCCUCUCACAAACGGGCUCGUAAAAGCUCCGGCGCCUCGUCCCUAAACGCCAACGGUGUCGACACCCCGAUACACAAGGAGGAUCCUGGCGAGCCCUCAGAGACCACUGUGGCAUCAUCCGACAUUGAAAAUACCCCUCGGAACCGACCUGGUCUUCACAUUGAUUUGCCGACGGAUGUGAAGGCUAUGCCCCCGCCGCAACGUGGUGUGUUGCAAGAUCCGGUGGGUUACAAGACUAACCCGCCUCCGACGGGACGGCCGGUUCGAGUUUACGCGGAUGGUGUUUUCGAUUUGUUCCACCUUGGCCAUAUGAGACAGCUUGAGCAAGCUAAGCACGCUUGCCCCGAUACUUAUCUCAUUGUUGGUGUCACUGGUGAUGAGGAGACCCAUCUUCGAAAGGGUCUCACCGUUCUGAGCGGUGCUGAGCGAGCCGAGACCGUGCGUCAUUGCAAGUGGGUGGACGAGGUGAUCCCGAACUGCCCGUGGGUGGUGACCCCGGAAUUUUUGUCGGAGCAUCAGAUCGACUAUGUCGCCCACGACGACCUCCCCUACGAGGCUGCAGAGGGUGAUGAUAUCUACGAGCCCAUCAAGGCCCAGGGCAAGUUCUUGGUCACCCAGAGAACCGAGGGUGUCAGCACCACGGGCCUCAUUACUCGAAUUGUCCGCGACUACGAUCAAUACAUCUCCCGUCAAUUCAAGCGCGGUGCCUCGCGCCAGGAACUCAACGUCUCGUGGCUGAAGAAGAACGAGCUUGAGAUCAAGCGACACGUGGUGGAACUUCGGGACAACAUCAAAAACAACUGGACCAUGACUGGACAAGAGCUUGGCCGGGAACUACGACAAAUCUGGCAGAACAGCCGGCCCAGCAGCCCGGCGCCUAGUACCCGCAACAGUAUGGACUUUGGCAAUGCCCGCGGUCCCCUAGCGAGCCCAACCGGUGGUAGCAAGUCCCACCUGUCUCGUGUGGAGGCAUUGAACCGUCCCGAUAGCCCAAUGGGUGGUGCCCGAAAUGAGGACUUUGCAACGGGUUACAGCCUGGGAUUGAUUGGAGGUGUACGAGCAUGGAUGAUGCGUAGCCGCCUUUCCCUCGAGACCCCCAGUCAAAUGCACUCGCCCACAGAAGAGGAGGAGCCCGGGUCCGAACAGACUAACGGCUACGAAGACGAAAUUCGUGGUCGUGUCGGCAAGGGCGUCUCAACUCAGUAG